AUGGCUUCAUCGCUUGUUUGUUCAUGGUUAACGGCGGCAUGCAUGUCAAUUUCUUGUGAGGACUCUUCAAUUUCCAUGCUCAGUUACAGCUCUACGACGGCAUCGUCGAGUCGCCGCCGGAAAAGGGCUUUUGUGAAAUGUGCUUUGUCGGAAUUAUCCAGUAUUCGGAACCUUGUGAACUCUUGCUUAGCAUUCGAGCCUUGCGAUCGGUUUUGUAAAUCAUCUUCUAAUGGAGUUUUCUCUUCUGAAAUUUCAAUUGGAGACGGAUCCGGGAAUAUUUGUUUGCAUCACAGGCGGAAGAAAGUCCCUCGCGCUGCCCGUUCUGGUGAAGCAAUGUCCAUAGCGGUGCAACCUUCCAUGGAAGCUGCGGUGAAAAAGAAACCUCCAACCAAGCAAAGACGAGUGGUUGUCACAGGUAUGGGUGUGGAGACACCAAUUGGUCACGAUCCAGAUGUGUUUUACAGUAACCUGCUUGAAGGUGUUAGUGGCAUUACUGAGAUAGAGGCGUUUGAUUGCUCCCAGUAUCCAACAAGAAUUGCUGGAGAGAUCAAGUCAUUCUUGACAGAUGGUUGGGUUGCUCCCAAACUUUCUAAAAGAAUGGACAGAUUCAUGCUUUACAUGCUGACAGCGGGAAAGAAGGCCUUGGCCAAUAGUGGAAUUACAGAGGAAGUGAUGAAUGAAUUAGAUAAAACUAGAUGUGGAGUCCUGAUUGGCUCAGCCAUGGGCGGGAUGAAGGUCUUCAAUGAUGCCAUAGAAGCGUUACGGAUAUCAUACAGGAAGAUGAAUCCAUUUUGUGUACCUUUUGCGACAACAAACAUGGGUUCGGCUGUGCUCGCCAUGGAUCUGGGAUGGAUGGGCCCGAACUAUUCAAUAUCUACUGCCUGUGCAACAAGCAACUUUUGUAUACUGAAUGCCGCUAACCACAUUAUCAGAGGUGAAGCUGACAUGAUGCUUUGUGGUGGCUCAGAUGCUGCAAUCAUUCCAAUUGGAUUGGGUGGCUUUGUUGCAUGCAGAGCACUUUCACAGAGAAAUAGUGAUCCUACUAAAGCUUCACGUCCAUGGGAUACUAACCGUGAUGGGUUUGUUAUGGGAGAAGGAGCUGGAGUAUUGCUUCUGGAAGAACUUGAACACGCGAAGAAAAGGGGGGCAAAUAUAUAUGCUGAAUUUCUUGGUGGAAGCUUCACUUGUGAUGCUUAUCACAUGACAGAGCCUCAUCCAGAAGGAACUGGCAUCAUUCUAUGCAUUGAGAAAGCUCUAGCUCAGUCAGGAGUACCGAAGGAAGAUGUGAACUAUAUAAAUGCUCAUGCAACAUCUACUCCAGCUGGCGAUCUUAAGGAGUAUCAAGCUCUUGUUCAUUGUUUUGGACAGAAUUCAGAGUUACGAGUGAACUCCACUAAAUCUAUGAUCGGUCACCUGUUAGGAGCAGCUGGUGCUGUGGAGGCUGUUGCUACUGUGCAGGCAAUACGAACAGGCUGGGUUCAUCCAAAUAUCAAUCUUGAAAAUCCAGACAAUGGUGUGGAUAUAAACAUGCUGGUUGGACCAAAGAAAGAAAGACUGGAUAUCAAGAUCACUUUUGUGCGCUUUGAGUUGGCAAAGAAUUUCUGCAGAAGUUUCCUUGGGCAUUUCACGAUGUUAAAUCUUGUGCUCAAUGAGAUGAUUGCUUGA